AUGCUACAAUGGAAGCAAAAAAAUGCUGAGGAAAAGUCGCAAAAUAAGGUACUCAUUAUUUUAGGAACGCCGACGCUUGCUUUGGCCACCAAGAUCGUCAACGUUCCCAAAAUGAUUCUGAAACCGCCUCUGUUGGCUUCUGCAUCCGGCACAGUGCGAAUUGGUAGAAAUCAAGCAUCAGCUCUUGCAAUAACGAGGCUAGCGUCUGUUUAUCCUCCCUUAUCUGAACUGAGUGGUGCCUACUAUACGGUAGGAAAUAUUCAUGAAGGAGAAGUGAAAUCUCAGAUUCAUCAACAGAAAGGCAUGGCAUCUUCGGAUAAUGACCGCCAAUCGCCCUCAGAUGGAAAAAUCAUUGUUCAAGAACAAAACGUUUCUGGUGUUACUGGACACGCUAAUGUUAAUAUAAUCGUACACAACGACUUUGAAAAAGCUUUGCCCACAGAACAACUUGGUGGAAUGAGGGCCGGUGAUAAACUAACCAAAAAAAAUAACUUUAUUUGCAAUCAAUUAAGGAAAAACAUUAAGUCAUUUCAUUCUAAAACCUGCUAUUUGGAUUUGAGCGCAUUCACUUUGUUAAAAAAUAUGUCAAAGGAUACUUUUAGUAAACAUAAAAAGCUGCAAGAUGUAAAAUGUUCCAUAAUUUUAACUUUUGCCCUACAUGGUAGAAUUGUUAAAUCCUGUGCAGGAAGGACUGCCGCAAAUUUGAACUUCCUUAAAGAUUCAACAAAUUUGUUGACCAAAAACCAGAGUACCUACCAUCUUUCCUUCAAAAUAACUAUUAUUGUAAAUAUCGUUUUUCUAAAAACUUGGAUUUUGAGCUACCGUCUUGUAAUAUCACUUUCACUUUUGCACCGAUAUUUUGCAAUUCCGGAAUUCAUUGAGUCAUACCACAAAGGUGCAAAAACGCAUAUUAAUCCAUUACAUUUGCUAAUAAUUCGCUUCUUUUCGGAGUUAAACCCACUACCCUACCCAGCUCUGAUUCAAAAACAUUGGAGAUGCUGUCGUUUGGAGAUUGUGCUUAGGAAAGAACCAGGAGACAUCAAAAUCCAACUGGAAUUUUUAAUUAUAGAAGGCAAACUGAAAUUUUACAAAUUCUCCAUUCUAAAUAAGUUGAAUCUUUCUACAUUGGAUAAAGGCAACUUAAUUAAAUUGUUUUCUUUGCUUCCAUUUAGUUAUUUUGCCUAUCUGAAUAGGCAAAGUGGUAAAUUUAAUUGGUCUUUUCUAUUUUCUAUUUGGUAUUUUCUAUUUGUGCCUGUGAAAUGCACAAUAAACCCACCACCAACAGACGAACGUACAAGGUCUUUGCUUAACUCCGUUAACACCUUUUUCCUGUAUAAAGCAUCACAAGAUGACAGAAUGAUUAGUAAAGUACUCCUAUCUACCAGACACUUUUUCGCACCUUUAAAAGCUAUUAAGUGGCAAAUAGGUUGUUUUGUUGAUAAAAUAUGUUCUGCAUACAUACAAAAUUAG